ACACACGUUCAGGUUUUGUCUCUUAGAGCUCCUGUUUGGCAUGACUUCAGACACGUGCGGUAGGCAGCAUUGUAGGAUCAGUGGUCAAGAAACUAAUGGGAAAAACUCAACUGCCAGUUCGAAUGACUUCAGUGAUCCAGUUUACAAAGAAAUUGCUAUAACCAAUGGUUAUAUCAACAGAAUGACCAGAGAUGAGCUCAGAAGUAAACUUGCAGAGUUCAAGCUUGAAACCAGAGGAGUGAAAGAUGUGCUGAAAAAGAGACUGAAAAACUAUUAUAAAAAACAGAAGCUGAUGCAGAAGGAACCCAUUAAUGGAGACAGCUACUAUGACUACAUCUGUGUUGUUGACUUUGAAGCGACAUGUGAAGAAGGAAACCCACCUGAAUUCAUACAUGAAAUAAUUGAGUUUCCUAUUGUCUUACUAAACACGCAUACCCUGGAAAUAGAGGAUACCUUUCAGCAAUACGUGAAGCCAGAGAUUAAUCCCAAGCUUUCAAACUUCUGCAUCAGUCUGACAGGAAUCACCCAGGACAUUGUUGAUAAAGCUGAUACAUUUCCUCAAGUUCUGCAGAAUGUCAUAGAGUGGAUGAGACAGCGAGAACUGGGAACAAAGUAUAGCUAUUCCAUGUUGACAGAUGGAUCUUGGGAUAUGAGUAAAUUUUUGAACAUCCAGUGCCGUAUUAGCCGUAUCAAAUACCCUUCUUUUGCCAAAAAGUGGAUCAAUAUUCGCAAAUCAUAUGGGAACUUCUAUAAGGUUCCUAGGAACCAGACCAAGCUGACAAUCAUGCUUGAAAAGCUGGGCAUGAAUUAUGAUGGGAGACCUCACAGUGGACUUGAUGACUCUAAAAACAUUGCAAGGAUAGCUAUAAGGAUGCUACAGGAUGGCUGUGAACUGCGGGUGAAUGAGAGAAUGCAUGCUGGACAGCUUAUGACAGUCUCCUCCUCAGCCCCCUUAGAGGGAGCCCCUGCGCCACAGAUGCCCCGCUACAGAAACUAGCAGUUUGGGGGUUCUGCCUUAGGAACUGCUCUCAGAUACCCGCUAAAGACUGUUAAGAGCUUAUUAAACGGCCAUCUCUGCCAACCUGUCUGCAGUGCAGAAUCUGAAAGCACCUUAACUAAUCAUCUCUGUUGAAAUAAAGAGGAGUGUGGAAGCUCUUUGCUCUUUGAAGCCUGUGUUACAGCAUUUUUGUUUUUAUACUGAUGAUUUUUUGUUGUUGUUGUUUGCAACCUUUCUAGCAGUAAGGUUGAUAUGCGGAAUCCAGGCAAAGUGUUAAGCUUUUAAGAACAUGUAAUUUAAACACAUGCAAAGAUCAAUUGAGCCUGUGCGCUGCUGUUCCACCUCAGCCUGUGGGUAGUAUUUAUUCACUAUGCUGUACUCUAAUGAUAUCUAGUAUCUGAUUAUUCAUUGCACACAAAUAAGACAUUGCUGGAAGAACUGAAAUAGUGAGUGGUCGGGCUGGCCUUUCCUGAUAAGGCACUCUUCUAAGGGUUCCUGCUGGUAAUUUUUUUUCUUUUUUUACAAAGUCUAGGAGAAAUGGAAGCACGUUUAUCACUUCUAAAGCAGUAGAGAAGUACUGUGUUGUUUGGGGUUUGAUUUUUCUUUUUUUUCUUUAAGAGAUAUGUUUGUCUGCUUCCACGUCAAAUAGAAGAGCUGUGUAUUGAAUAAAAAUUCCAUUAAUGCAG